UCAAUUCCAAUCCCUCUCCCUUCCGGCCUUCCCCUCAAACCUUGCAGAACCUUCACGCAUCCAUGGACGCCCGCUCCCAAACCUUCUAGAGCGUCCAUCUCCGGCCGCCAUGAGCCGCCGCGAGCCCGCCGCCUCCCCCUUCCGCGACCUCUCCAACCUCCUCACCUCGACACCUAACCCCAAGCCCGUCCCCGCCUCGCCGCACUUCUUCACCGCCACCAAAACCCCCCUCCAGGCUUCCACUCCGACGCCGCUCCGCCGCCGGAGGCCCGGCAACGGCACCCCGGCCCCGACACGCUUCGGACGCCACCUCCGCGCGCUCGAGGUUGACCAGUCGCGCUCCGCCCGCCGCGCCGAGUUCGGCCGCGAGCGCGCCCUCCGCGCCUUCGCUGACUCCGCUUCGUCAUGGCUCUCGCUCCUUCUCCGCGACCCCGCCGCCUGCGGCUGCUCCCCGGCGGCCACUGGUUCCACCGCGGCCGCGCGGCCCUGCGCUGUGGGCAAGCGCGACGCGCUCGAUGGAGAGCGGGGGCGUGGGGGGCGCAGCCCGAAGAGGCGCCGCGGUGGUGGUGAUCGCCGCGGGGAGAGGAGGAAGGAGAUGACGCCGACAAUGGUGGCCGCGUUACGGGAUUCUCUGAGGGAGGUGUGCAGCCUGGAGGAUGUCACGGAGAGAAUGGAGAAGUAUAUGAGCAAGGACGCGUGCGAGGAGGUGCUCGUCAUGAUGUUUCAAAUCUGUAAGAACAUUGAUGAUGGCAGACUGAAGAUGAAAGCACAUUGCCCCCUUGCUACUGAUCUUAGGCUCAAAGAGAAAGCAACUAGGAUUUUCAUGUGCUACAAUCCAGAUUGGCUCAGGAUUGGCUUGUAUAUUGUUCUCGGCGGUGAUUCCUUGCUACAGAGUGGAUUAGGAAAACGGGACAAAGAGUUUCACUUUCUAAAACUAAUUCUGGAGAAGCAGAUGUUUUCUCAAAUCAUGACUGCAAAGUCUUCUUCUCACAAGAAGGUGGUCGAAGGGCACCAUGUACAGGGUUACAGUGAAUCAUUGGGCAAUAUCAUACUGAAAAGAAUUUUUCUGUUUGUUGCUGCACUAGACAGAGCCAAAAUAGAAAGUGCUCUACCUCUUGAAGCUGGAAUCGAUGGCCUUGACGGUGGAUCCCCUCUUUUAUUUUAUCACCAAGGCCAAGUAAAAUCUAGUCGGCAAAUCAUCCAGGACUCUUUGGGGGAGGCCAUGCAUGGAGAAGGUGACCUUCUGAUGCACCUCACAACUAUGGGAUAUAAGCUAAAUUAUCAACAGACUGCUCUGUCAGAAUAUGAUUUCACUAUAAGGAGUCUAUUUGAAGAUCUCCAAGAUGGCAUAAUUCUUUGUAGAGUUGUUCAGCUGCUCCUGUCAGAUUCAUCAAUCAUUUUGAAAGUGAUUGCUCCCUCUGAUACAAGUAAGAAGAGGUUGAGUAACUGCACCACUGCUAUACAAUAUAUCAAGCAAGCUCAGGUUCCAUUAUCUGAUUCUGAUGGAGUCACAAUUUCGGCGGAAGACAUCGCUGCUGGGGAUAAAGAGCUUAGCCUUUCAUUGCUGUGGAAUGUGUUCAUCCAUAUGCAGCUGCCAUUGUUAGCAAGCACAUCGCUAGCUCAUGAAUUAACCAGGCUAAGUGUACCUGUAAUGUCAAUGGAACAACGAAUGUCUGAGAACAAGUCACACAUGGGCUUGAUUUACGAUUGGGUUCAUGUGAUAUGCUCAAAAUCUGGCAUAACUGUUGGAAGUUCAUCUCAGUUUGACAGAAGAACACUGAACUGCCUCAUGAACUAUUAUUUGAACAUUGAUAUUUUCCCUCACAAGGAAAGACAAGCUGGAUGCCGAGAGGACUUGUUCACCUGUCAUGAACUUGGUACUUCAACUGAUAUCACCAGCUGUCCAUCCAGCAAGAUGGGGCAAGUACUUGCUGACAUUUUUCAGGACAUUCCAGCUAGUGGUAUCCUAGCUGAUGGUGUAUUAUUUGAUGAGAAGAGUGCCAUUAUUUUGCUAGCUUUCCUAUCUUCACAUCUGACUAAUGACGAAAAAUUGGAUCAACUAAAGGAUUUGAUAAAUAUGAGGUUGGACCACGAGAGCCCGGUGACAAAGAUUUCAGCAAGACAUAGAUCUCGAGGAAAGAAUGGUGUAAAGUAUCAACCUCCUAAGACAGAUAACAAAGAUGGCUCAUAUGCCAUCCAAGAAUGGGCUGCAACUGUUAUUCAGACUCAGGCGAGAAGUCUUAUUGCAAAGAAUAAAUAUUGUAAGCUCAAGAAGGCAAUAUUUAUCCUGCAAGGUGCUAUGAGGGCAUGGUCAGCCGUCACCUUGAAAAGUAACCAUAGUUGUCUAACUAUUUCUGCCUCUACUCCUUGGCAAGCACAUGGAACCUACAACAGAUAUUUCAUUUUCAUAAUGGAAAGGCAUAGAUUUGUGCAUAUGAGAAAAUCUGCCACUAUAAUUCAGCAGGCUGUAAGGAUUUGGAUUAGAGGAAGAAAAAGGCUUGAGAACAAUGAGCCCUUCAAAAGGUAUGAGUUCCCAGAAGGUAAAACUCCAUCCAAAACUAGUAGCAUUGCUCCUUCCCCUCAGGAGCAUUGCAUUGGUGACAAUAAAACCAUAGCUUCAGCCACUCCAUGGCAGCAUUGCGAGCAUGCAGAUACAUCGCAGGCUUCUGCUGCUCAUAGUCUUUGUUUUGAUGGCAUGGACAGUCUAGGUUCAACCACUUCUCCAUUGAGUAUGUUUGAGAGUAACUGUAAAAGUACUGCUAGCUCUCAGUUGUGCGAGGUUGAGACGUCCAACGUAAUUUCUGUCAGUAAGCUUGUGAGUGAGGAUGAAAUGGACUGUGGCAGUAAUAUUUCUUCUCAAGCAUUCUUUGAGCAUGGAUCGCUUGUAUCUACGAGGAUUGAUUUACCUGUUCGCAAGGAAUCAGUGGCUGCUCAGAGGAUACAAUCUGCAUAUAAGGAAUCAGUGGCUGCUCAGAGGAUACAAUCUGCAUAUAGAAGAUUCUUGUACAACAGAAACUUAAGGAUAACUGCUGCAAUUAAAAUCCAGAGCCAUUGGCGGUGUUAUUCUGUACGCAACUCCUUCACAAAGCAAGUUCGGAAUAUUGUAGGAAUCCAGACCUCAAUAAGACUGUCCUUGCACCAUCGGGCUUGUCAGUGCCACCAGCUCUCUGCAGUACUGGUUCAACGAUUUGUCAGAGGAUGGUUAGCAAGAAAAAGACUGUUAGGUUCUUCUUUGCUGCAAACCUACAUAAUACUUGACCAAAGUCAACAGAGAAAAUGUCAUCAAAGCCUUGAGUUAAAGAUUGUGCUACAUUCAGUCAUAAAGCUGCAAAGAUGGUGGAGGAAGUUCCUGUUGCAUCAGUCUGUCAGAACAUCUGUUAUCUCAAUUCAGUCUUUUGUCCGUGGUUGGUUGGCCCGGAAGCAACUAAAUCGGAUAUUCUGCUGCGUCAACAUCAUUCAAAGAUGGUGGCGAAAGGUUUUGUUCCUUGAAUCAAGGAAGCGAGCGGUGACUGUUAUCCAGACACAUUUCCGUAGUUGGGUCGCACAACAAGAUGCUAUUAGAACUAGAAACUGUAUUACUACAAUACAGAGAUGGUGGAGAAAGGUUUUGUUCCUUCAAUUGAGGAAGCGAGCUGUGAUUGUUAUCCAGGCUCAUUUCCGUGGUUGGGCAGCCCGACAAACUGCUUCUAGAACUAGAAAAAGUAUUAUUAUAAUACAGUCAUAUGUCAAAGGCUACCUGGUGCGGAAAGCUUCAAAGCAAGAAGUUGCUCAUAUAAGAUCUAGACUGCAGAAGUCUUCUGCACUAGUUGAUGAUAGUAUGCGCCUGAUCAACAGACUGGUGGCUGCACUGUCGCAGCUCCGUCACUCUAGGAGCACACGCAGCAUUAGACAAACUUGCACAGCAUUGAGUACUGCUACAGAGUAUUCCAAGAAAUGCUGCGAGACACUAGUCACUGAUGGAGCCGUAGACAUAUUGCUGAAGCAAAUCCACUUGCUGAACCGUGGGAUUCCUGACCAGGAAGUCUUGAAGCAAGUGUUCCUUACUCUCAGGAACAUUGCACGCUAUCCGCAUCUUAGGCAGGUGUUAGUCAACAUUCCAGAAUCAGCUGAAAUCAUCUUCCAGGAAUUACUGAGGAACAAAGCAGCCGUGUUCUUCAUAGCGUCUGACAUUCUGAAGAAAUUAUGUGAAUCCAAGGAAGGCCAUGAAACCGCCCGGGCACUGCAUCACCACAUCAAAAGGCUGCGAAGUCUGGUGCAAGACCUGGAAAAGAAGGUGGACCUGGACAAGAGGAAUGGCCGCACUGGAGCCGUGAAGGAGAACAAUCUACGGCAGCUUCGGGAGGCUGCCACGCUCUAUCAUCUCCUCACUUGUGAUACUUAACGCGUCGGAGAUAAAGCUGGCUGAGAGACUAUGCCCUGCCGUUUUCUGUACGAUCAUCUAGUCUUGGAAGCUUUUCCUGUAAAAGAAUCUUGUAGGUAGCCAGGAGCUUGUAGUGUGGGCUUUUGCAAGUUCUGUUGCGGGCUUUGGUGUGUGAUUGUUUUGUGUCUGUGUGGCAAAUGUGAGGAUCAUCGGCUUGAUGUGUCAUGUGUUGGAUGAACUGCCUUGCUUGCUGGAACCGCAGAGAAAUCGUCGGCUUCGGCUUGUUCAUGCA